ACAAGUAGUCAGAGCACUUCUUGCUCUGAGAUCACCCUUCUGAACACCUCUCUCGCUGCUGAGUCACCGAGGCCCUCGUCGGUGAGCCCACCAGGCUGGGGUGGCCCUGGUCCCAUGAUGGCGCCCCCUGUCAGCCACUUCCUGCUGGUGGUGCUGUUUUCUGCCAGCUGUAAAGCCAUCAUCUCCUUGGAUCAGAUGUGCACGGAGAAAGAAGCCAACAAAACAUACAACUGUGAAAAUUUAGGUCUCAGAGAAAUUCCUGACACUCUACCAAACACAACAGAAUUUUUGGAAUUUGGCUUUAAUUUCUUGCCUACAGUUCAAAAUACAACUUUCAGCAGACUCAUAGAUCUUAUCUUUUUGGAUUUAACCAGGUGCCAGAUUAACUGGAUACACGAAGACACUUUUCAAAGCCAUCAUCAAUUGAACACGCUGGUGCUGACUGGAAACCCCCUGAUAUUCAUGGCAGAAACCUCACUUGAUGGACCCAGGUCACUGAAGCAUCUCUUCUUAAUCCAAACAGGAAUAUCUAAUCUCGAGUUUAUCCCAGAGCAAAAUCUGAAAAACUUGGAAAGUCUGUAUCUUGGAAGCAACCACAUUUCCUCCAUUAAGUUCCCAGAAAACUUCGCAACACAGAAUCUGAAGGUUCUGGAUUUUCAGAAUAAUGCUAUACACUACCUCACUGGGAAAGACGUGAGCACCCUGGAGGCCACCAACCUGAGCCUUAAUUUGGAUGGCAAUGACAUUAAGGACGUUGAGCCGGGGGCUUUCCAUUCAAAAGUCUUCCAAAGUUUGAGAUUUGGAGGGACUCUCGACUUGUCUGUCAUAUUAAAAGGUCUACAGAACUCUACUACUCAGUCUCUCUGGCUGGGGACAUAUCAGGACACCGAGAAACAAGACCUUACUACAGCCACGUUUGAGGGACUUUGUGAAAUAUCUGUUGAGAGCAUUAACCUGCAGCAGCACCAUUUCUCUCCCUUGUCGUCUACCAUGUUCCGGUGCUUCACGCAACUCCAGGAAUUAGAUCUGACGGCAGCUCACUUGAGAGAGUUACCCUCUGGGAUUCAGGGUAUGAACUCUCUCAAGAAAUUAGUUCUCAAUGUAAAUCAUUUUGAGCAGUUGUGUCAAGUCAAUGCUGCCAGUUUCCCUUCCCUUACCGACCUCUAUAUCAAAGGCAACCUGAAUAAACUUAGCCUCGGUGCUGGAUGUUUGGAAAAACUAGAAAAUCUUCAGAGACUUGAUUUAAGCCACAGUGAUAUAGAGGCUUCUGACUGCUGUAAUCUGCCACUCAAAAGCCUGCACAACUUGCAGUACCUAAACCUCAGCUACAAUAUGCCCAUUGGUCUCCAGAGUCAGGCAUUCAGAGAAUGUCCUAAGCUAGAAGUCCUGGAUUUGGCAUUCACCCACUUGACUGUCAGUGCCCCACAAAGCCCCUUCCAAAACCUCUCCCUCCUGCAGACUCUGAAUCUCUCUCACUGUCUCCUUGAUACUAGCAAUCAGCACCUUCUGGAAGGCCUGCUGGAUCUCCGGCAACUGAAUUUACAGGGAAAUCACUUUCAAGAUAAUAGCAUCUCAAAGACCAAUCUACUUCAGACUGUAAGCAGCUUGGAGGUUCUGAUUUUAUCCUUCUGUAAGCUCCUCUCUGUAGACCAGCAAGCAUUCCACAGCCUUGGGAAAAUGAGUCACAUAGACUUAAGCCACAACAACCUGACAGAAAAUAGCAUCAAUGCUCUUAGCCAUCUUAAGGGGACCUACCUCAACCUGGCUGCCAACAGCAUUCGCAUUAUCCCACCGGAUCUCCUCCCCAUCUUGUCCCAGCAGAGCACCAUUAAUUUAAGUCACAAUCCCCUUGACUGCACUUGUUCAAAUGUUCAUUUCUUGACAUGGUACAAAGAAAACCUGCAAAAACUGGAGGACUUGGAGGAGACAGUGUGUGCAAAUCCCCCGAAUUUAAGGGGAGUUAAGCUUUCUGAGGUCAGUCUAUCCUGCGGGAUUACGGCUGUGGGCAUUUUUUUUCUUGUAGUAUUUUUAUUCUUGUUCAUCAUUCUGCUCAUUUUUUCAGCUAAAUUCUUCCUUAGGUGGAAAUACCAGCACAUUUAGUGCUGCAGGUUUCCAGAGACAGCAAAUAAAUGUGUUCAUCAAAAUCACCCCAAGUAAAGGAACUGUUGUCUGUUGGUGACCGGAAUUCAAGACUGGUUCCUGGCACCAGGCAAGGAUUUGCUCUGCUUCUCUGAGCCCCAGAAAUGACGAGCCUCGCAGGAAAGCAAAGUGAAUGAGACCAAAGGGAUAGACAGCCGUGACAGACACAGAGCCAUGUCCUCACAUGGAAGGUGGGUGGAAGGCGAGGAAGGACCCGUGGCAGGCAUGGCCAGAGAAGUCACCCACAAAGAUGCCACCUCCCUUACACUCAUGGACUUCCUUUGAAGCACCUCCCACCCUGAGCCGAAAAGGAAACAGUCAUUGCCCACCCCUUGGCCGGGCUGAGGACCCUGGCUCCUGACUCCCUCUCACACGAUGUGGGCAUUGUCCUUGGGUCUCAGUUCCCAGUAACAUGGCAGUUGCAGACACUUGUUGUGGAUAAAGUCGCAGUGCUCAUUUUAAUGGAAAAGGGAAAACAAAGAAUUUAAAAGAGGCUGAGAAAUGAAUCUUGUCAUCAGAUUGACUCCAUUAAUUUCCCUAAUCCUUAGGUAUCUGAGGGUCUCUACAAUGUUGCCAUGGUACAAAUCGCUACCCCUCCUAAAAAUGACCUCCACCAGGACCUCCUUCCCCCAAGGUUUAGGAUUUUUGUUACACUGGUCAUGCUCACCUGAGAACUGGGAAGCUCCUUCUGCUGCUAGUCGGGUGCUCUCGCUCUUACGUCACAGAGACUAACUUACAGGUGGGCUGGGGGCCAAAGGCUCUUCUCAUUUGGCUGUCUGGUCCCUCCAAGCUUCUUUCCCACAGGAACCGUGAGAUAAAUGGUGAUUUGGCUCCCAGGUCAUUUCUCAAAUGUCUCCUCACUUGGGGCGGCAAUUGAAAUAGCACAUUUACAAUGAAAAUGAGUGGGAGAAAGCAUCGUGGCAGACAAGCUGUCUGUCAGGAACACAAUAAGCUGGCCCAGUGAAUGGUUUCUGUUUGGUGUCAGUAAAGGCGGUACCUGCAACAGAGAGGGGACAGGACUGCUGAAUGCAGACAGAGAAAAGGAUAGGGAAGCUGGCAAGGUGAUGACUUGGGACUUCCCAAGGCCCAAAGGGUCACCCUUCUGCAGGGUUUGAUCUUCCAAAGAAGCCUGAAUUAGUGGACGAGAGCUCUUAUGCUCAGGUGCUGCAUUUACAAGGCCUCGGUUCAGUUCUAUAACCACAUUUUGUCUAGCGAUGGUAACUUACAGCUAUGAAAUUCUGAUUGGAUAUCAAAGGAAAAUGUGAUUAAUAUCCAGUCAGGAUUUAUGAGCCCUGAGGUUGAGAACAUAAGAAUAGAGUGGAAACUUGGGGACUACUAACUCCUUUUUACUUCUAUGUGCCCAGAAAAAGCAGGGAAGACAAGGGAAUAGGGGAGCUAAGUCAUAAACUGUCACUGCAAACGUUCUGUUACUGUUAGGAGAUAUUCUGGACUAGAGAGUAGCCCAAGUUUUCCCACAGGUUCCUGGUUAGGGACACAAGGUGGGGGCCAGGUAAGGUGAGUGAGGCCCUUGCCUUGGGUGCAAAAUUUAAGGGAGAACCCAAAUCCUAGUAACCAAGCCAAAAGAAAAAAUUAAUACAAUAUUGAAAAAAUUUUAAGCUAAUGCAAAAAUAAAUAAAACACAAAAAUUUUAAACAAAGACAGGGUCCAUAACAGUGCUGUGCUGAAUGAGCCCUGUUAGUCUGAGGAAAGAGGAGACAUUGGUAAUGCCAGUCCUGCCUUUGUUUAGAAUGUCGCUAUUUUAUUCACUGGGGAUGUUUACAUUAGUUUUAUUUUUUAAAGUUGUGUUAAAAUAUUAUUUACCUUCAUUACUGAGUUUUUUGGUGCCCCCCUUAGUUUUGUGCCCAGGCGGGUGCCUCACUCACCGCUCCCUUUCCUGUCCCCACCCUGAGGACUGGUGAGGAGCAAGGAUUCCCAGCCACCUCCCAGGCUACAGUUUCCCGAGGGUCUAUUAGCUGGCACAUUAUCUCCGUCUUACUAAAAAAUAUGCAUCGCCUUCCCCUUCACAUUCUGGGAGCAGAGAGAAGUGUCCAAGAUCUCCCAUCUUGUUCCUCCUUCAACUAACUCCCAACUAACUUCUGAGCUCAGAGGCGUGUUCCCUCAGAGCCACGAGAGGUGGCAGACACAAAUGGGUACCAAAUCCAUCUGAGCCCUAGGUAGCUUGGGCCUGGCAAGAGUGGGCAAGUAGAACACCACUCUGCGAAGAAAAUAAAACAUCACACAAUUAACUGCUUUAAUUAUUCUGAAUAUCAGCAUUUGGGCAAACAGGUGCCUGACAGACCCCUGAGCCACCUUUAUUUCUUCCCAGCCCGAGGAUGGCGGGGCAGACUUCUCCAAAGGCCAAAUGGAGCCACAGCUAGGUUGGUGUUGGUCUUCAGUCUGGCAGCGACUGCAGCUUUUGGUCAUUGAGUUUCGGGCUCAGAAGGGACCUAAGUUGGCAUGGCAGUCUCUCUAAGUGUGCAGAGGCGUCCUAACUGCUGUGGCAGGAAGAGCCUCUAGCUACAGGGACCGGAAGGCAGCAUAUGCUUAGAAGGGUCAGGCAGCCCACCCUGGGGAGUCUGAGAGAGCACCUCCCGCAGGCCGCACCCCCCUGCUACCUGCUCUCCUGCAGGAGCGUUCAGCUUUGGGGAUCCAGGCAGGCAUGUGGCUUGACACAUAGUUGUUUUGUUGUGUUGAUUAUGUUCAUUUGCUUGUACCAAAUACAAUCAUCUGCUCUGGAAACUUUGGGAAGUAUUUCUGGUGAUGGCCAUGAAGAUGCAAAAUGUAUACUGCCUGGUAGCUCCCUCCCUCCCCUCCCUUUUCUUUCCUUGUUUCCCUUUCCUUUUUCUUUUCCUGCUGUUUCUCCCCCUCCUUCUUUCCUUGUCUCCUUCUCUCCCUCUGUGCUUCCCCCCUUUAUUACUUACCUCCCUCCCUCGCUCCCUCCCUCCCUGACUUCCUUCCUAGAGCAUGGAAGUCCACAUUCUAGGAAUCCAGUCUAAGACUGCACAACCCACUGCAGUCCCUGUGUAUUCUAGCAAAUUUAAGCUCUUUCCUGCCUCAAGGAUAUAAGGAGCAGACACGAAAUAUUUAUUAAUUGCUGACCUCCUACUCCAUAACCACACUGUCCUUCACAAUAUUUAAUGUGUAACUUGGAAAAAAGCAUUCUGUGGAAUAUCUCUAAUGCGAAUGGCAUCACUCUGAAGACUACAGGGUCCCAAGCUUGCCUCAGCAAAAUGUAACCACCUCUCUUGCUGUUGUUUACCAGGCAUGCGCCCCUUUCACGCAGUGUGACUUGCUGCUCCGUAACUGCACACUGAUCUAAGGCUUUGUGACAGCACCUCUGUUUUAAGCAACAGUAAAUUCACCUUACAAAGUCAGAAAGGGAGCUUUUUGAUGGCUGCUGUCAAUUUUAUUGCUUUAUCCUGGUUACUAGGAUGGAAUCUGUAGACACGGUGUGUUUAUUGGUUUUAUGUAUCGCAUGUUGUUGCUGCUCUGACAAGCUAGUCCUAUAAAAAUGUGUUAUUAUUGCAUGUUGUAGCUCAGUGAGCUGACCCUGCAUUUCAAAGUGUACUGAAGCAAAUAGCAUUGAAGUCCAUAAAAACUGACUGGCCUCCAUCACAGAGGACUCUGCGUGAGCUGCCACUCCCACAGCUGGGAGCAAAUUCCACCUUCCCCCGUGCCGGCAGCCAUCGCCGCUACCUGAACCCAGCACAGGCCCGCACACAGGCACUACCUGUAAAAUUUCAAGACAGGAAACCAUUGUAUCAUUCCUAUUCAUUCAAUUCUCCAGUAAGUGCUGUCUCUAAUUUUCAAGUUUCCAAAAGUAUAUAAUAAAUGCCUUUUUAAUGUUUUA